GCAUUUUGUAUUGUAUUGUACUUUCCCUGUGCUGGUAAAUGCACUGCAGGUGCUUCGCGGUGGCAUGUACAAUACCUACCUCUAUAAGGAGGUACACGCACCUGCACCAACUCAUCUUUUAAUUACUAGCGCGUUUUAAAGUUACCUAUGGCUGCAUACCUGUAGGUACAAUACAAGAGCCUUACGGAACGUACCGUGGGGGCUGUUGUAUAACAGACGACGGCCCCAAAAGAGCCGCUACCUAUGAACAAUGAAAGAAAGUUUACAUGAUUUACGCCAGCAUUUAGAAACCACGACUUAAAUCACGGCAGCGUUCUGGUCGCUUUUGAUCGUGGUCGCACUUCGCGAUAUAGCGGAUACUUGAAUGCUUUGCAAGGGGGGAACGUCCCCUCGCAUUGACUUCUCCUUGACCGGGAGCUACACUAUUAAUCCCCAUGUACAAUACAAUACCAAUACACGUUCGCUUAGCUCAGAUGUAUUUCUUCGCUUGACGAGGCACGAUGGGAAUCGGCACGACGUUCCCUUAUUUUGAAGGACAGCAAAGCCUGGAAUACGAUCUACAAUGGAGAACACACCUCCAGCUCACAUACAAAGCCAGAAUGCGUCAUCGCCCGAUAUAGCAACAGGAGGACGCAAAAGGAGUGGUUCUGGGGGGAGCAUUCUCUCCAAGUUCCCCUUUUUGCGCACAUCGGAUACCAAAGCCGGUCUCAACGAAUCGCGCCAUGCCGAGAAUUCCCAAGACCCUUCUAGUAAACCACCCCGCGCCCUUGCUGCUACUUUUCAACAACAAAAGACUCGCAGGCGCAAAGGAUCGCUUCGGAAAGUUGCCCUGUUAGGUCGCGGCGCGGCGCGAGAAAAGCGGGAGCUCAAGCCUCUUGCUAUCGAUACAUCACAAAACACACAGGCGAUCCCCGACCCAGGUAUCACUCCCAAGCCGCAAAUCAUGGCGGCAGACGAGGGUUUCGGCUUAGGGAUCUCCGACCUAACACCGCGACCAUCUAUGGAUGGCUACGCUACGAGAGACAGCCUCUUGGUGUCUUCACCACAAUCUCCCGAUAACGAAUCGCACCUCACGAGCCCUUCCAUAUCGUAUACUUCUACCACGGACGAAGAUGAUAUCCUUUCAAUACCCAUCCGCGUCCCUUCGCCUCUCCGUCCGGACCUCUCCCCAGUAUCGUCCGGCUCCGACUCCUACUUCCAAAACCGCGCCCCCUCUCUUCAGCGGCGGCGUUCCAUCAAACACGCCAAAUCGCCCUUGUCACUCCAAGGCCUAACGGCCAGUCCGCUUCCCGCAGCGCACGAAAACCACGAUUACAGCGAGACGGAGUGGUGGGGAUGGGUCGUGCUGAUCGUGACGUGGUUCGUGUUUGUGAUAGGCAUGGGUUCCUGCCUAAACGUCUGGAGCUGGGCCUGGGAUGUAGGAACGACGCCGUAUGCACCGCCGGAGCUCGAGGAUGACCCAACGCUACCUAUAGUCGGGUACUACCCGGCGCUGAUUAUAUUGACUUGCAUUAUGGCUUGGGUAUGGGUCGUCGUGGCGUGGAUAGGCAUGAAAUACUUUAGACAUGCUAAAAUAAGUGGCGAUUGACCCUUUGAACGUCAUGUUUUCUCUAAGUGCUUUGCUGAUAAUAUAUUAACAUUAAUCGAGUCAUUGGAAAAUGCAAAGUGAUAGUGAGUUGGGACAUGAAGCACGCUAGGCAAUAGAGAAUAUAUCGGAGACGGGCGAGACAUUGACUUAGAAACAGCAUAUAUGUGAUACAGACUGUGAGAAGCGAUCCAGCUAACACCUCAGCGGGCUCUGUGUUAUAAUUCAACAUUCUGAAGCAGUAAGGGAGCAUACUCUCAUCUACUUUCGCAGCUAGUAUAGGACGAUUUUGUCGGGGGGCCAAACUUCAGAAGUUAGGAGAAAGGAGGCUGCGACCUUUACUUGGGAAGAGUGUAUAUGUACUCUUCGGAGCUCAUAAGACGACAUUUUCUACCGAGCUAUUAUAUACGUUCUUAUUUCAUGGCCGUCAGGCGUCGUAAUCCAUCUCUUGACUUAUCUAGG